UUUACAGUUUACCAACAACAAUACAGCAGUAUCCAUCAUGAAGUGUUUUGUACUGUUCGCUUGCUGUGUUGCAUAUAUUUCAGCUUCGGCCCUUAAUUUUCAGCCUUUCCAAUCAGUAUACGUAGACCCAUGUGCGUGCAGAAAAUGUUUAGAGGAAAUAUGGAACAGAACACUACAGCUUAAUCAAAAUUUGAAUUCAGUCAACCGCACUCUAAACAAUUUAACAGUGAUACUCGAAAAAAAUGUAACAACUGAGGUGACGUAUCAACUUGACGAACUCUGCAAAGUGGAAGAAAACCUCGACAACUUAGUAGCCACAGAAAAAAAUAUCACAGUUGUUCUUCAAGCACAAAUUUGUAACCUGACAGAUGUGGUAGGUGACUUGGAAAAAUGUUGCAGAGAUAUGGAGUGUUUGGAACAGAAGGUCGACGAACAGACAUGCAUCUUAGCUAACGUUAAGAAUGUUGCUCUGACGGCUCUUAAUGACUGUGUUAACAGCAGCUGCUCCACGGCAUCUGUCGGUGUGCCAGCGUAAAGAAGCAUGAAACCUCAAAGCGAACACAAUAAUGAAGAUGUAUUACAAAAUCUGAUACUCUGUCUUUUGUUAUAAAUAGAACUGCAAUAAACAUAUUUCCACAAAAAAA